GCGGAGCUCACGGUGCCGCCUUUCGAGUCUCACGGAGCGUCGCGCGGUCGCACGGAUCCGCAGUUCGCAUUCGGAGGUCUUGCGAGCUACAUCUUUUCGAGAAGAAAAAGAAAGAUCGGACGGGACUUUUCAAUUUUCCCCCUCCACGGGAAUCGCGAUAAAGAGUCUUCGAUUCGAAAAAGUGCCAAGUUUAGCAACUCUCGCGAGUACUCUUCCUCCGUCACCGGUACAAUACGACACGUACACCUACACAAACGCAUACGUACACGUACACGAACAGGAUCACACAACCCAUAUAUACGUAAUCGUCUUUCGUUUUCACGGUGAUCUCUACACGUGACACAAGCUGAGCAUCGAAGAGGCUCCAAGGCAAGAGAGCGGCGUGCUGUUCGUUCGAAUUUCUUUGUCAGCCUGCUUGUACGCCGAGAGAAUCGAAACGGGUGUGCUUCCAAUGUAAAUCCACGAGAACGUAUCGUCGGAGUGGCAGUUUUUGUGUUCUCAAAGUUGAUACGUACGACCGCGGUUUCUUCUUAACUAUUCACCGGCUUUCGUGCUACACCACGCACGCUGUUCUGCUUUGAAAGGAGAAGAAGGCUAGUCACGGCCGGAUCGCGACUACGUUAUAACCUAACUGCAGUGUGUUUUUGUGCGGAAACGAGGGAAAAUGUCGACUGCCGUCAUGAGCACCCCUAUGUUCGUUGAGUGUAGCGAGCACUUAUUUAAGAAAAAUGGCCAGAUUCUUCCUGUUUUUUCCACUUACGCGCGUUUUGUACGAAAGAACCAGAACGGCCCUGCAAAGGCGAAAGAGCCAACCUCGACAUCAACGACGAAUACCUCGGGCAACGGUUCAGCCGGCAAUAAUGGCGGACACGCGCCUCUUCGCCGUAGCUACACCUCCCUGGUAACAACCCUGAUCGAACAGCAUCGUAAACUAGAUCGCAGCGCGAGCGAGCCGACGUCUCGCUAUAAAACGGAGCUGUGCAGGCCAUUCGAGGAAAGCGGCACCUGCAAAUAUGGCGACAAGUGUCAGUUCGCUCACGGUUACAGCGAGCUACGGAAUCUCGCCCGGCAUCCGAAAUACAAGACCGAGCUGUGCCGCACGUUCCACACGAUUGGUUUCUGUCCGUACGGACCCCGUUGCCAUUUCAUUCACAACUUCGAGGAGGCUCGAAUUCACAAUCAAAAAGUGAGCGCGCAACUAGGAUCCACGCAACCGAACAUAAUGGGCCUGAAUCCUAUUCUAAGCGCGGCAGCAGCGGCAGCGGCAGCCGCAGCCGCCGGUGGAAAUACCUGCAGCGGCUCGAACGUCAAUCCGACGACGAUCAGCAGCGUCGCUCUGCUCGAACAGAUCGCGGCCUCGCCUCAGGUAGCUGCAGUCGCGGCCGCGACGAGCCCCAACCUCAUGAGAGCCAAUUCCCUGAGCCUGUGCAGUACCACCAAUGCGUACAAUCCACCGCCAUUGCUUCGAACCAACUCGUUGAGUCUAACGACCAGCCAACACCACCACCACCACCACCAUCACCACCAUCACCAUCAGACUAGCUCGACGACCGUUAGCUCGUCGGUGAUCGGCGCCACCAGGCCGAAGCCGACCUUUUCACUCGGCAGCACCGGAGACUCGGUUUCUCCGUCGUCCAGCCUUAGUCAGUCGCCUACCAACUCUAUGGCGAGUUUCUUCAGCGACGACUGCAAUCAGCAACCGUCCGUUACCUCGCCGUUCAGCUUCGGCCAGGAUUUCGGGCUCCUUGCCACGAGACGAAGUCCCAGCCCUCGAACCAACAGCGUAUGCAGUCCUCUGAGCUCCGACGAGCCCACGCCGAGAACACCGUCUCCGGUCUCGCCGAACGCCGAGUCCAGACUGCCAGUCUUCAACAGGAUCAGCAGCACCCUCGCCGACUUUGAGAAUCUUAAGAUCUAAGGGAAUUCUCCUCUGGGUCCUUCGACUUCCUUUGGUUUACGCUCGUUUAGUGGAAAGGUCGAGAUGGUAUCAGCCCGGAUGUCUCGACCUGCUCGUGAGAAUCCUUGGAUGAUUCAACCGUGGAAAAGGAGAAAGAUAGAGGAAAGAAAAAGAGAAGCGUAAAGAUCCGGGAGCAAGGAUAGCGCGAACGUAAGAAUAUGCAGAAACGAAAAGGCGGCGAUGAGAGCGAAUAGGUACGGGAAGAACGAGUCCAAGUUUCUACCGAAUUCUAACUUCACUCGAGCAAGUUGUUCUUUGAUCUCUUUUGGACUCGCGCAGCCCCGUCUCUCGGCAUCUCCGCUUUCAAUGUCCGAUCCUCGGCUUUGUCCUUGCUCCUCCGUUUUGCUUGGUUCACCCAAGGAUUCUCUCAACAACGAGGCGUUUUUCCAUCCGGGGCAGGUGAAAUGUUGCAAUAUUUCGAACCAACUCGUACGUUUUUUAAAUAAUUCCUGGAUUUCUUCUUGCGAAAAAGCGGGAGGGGAAAGUAGACUUUUGAGAGUGAAAGGAAGUCGAGAUCGAGUCGCACGAGGGAAUUUAUUAAAAGCAAAACAGAUGGAGAGGAAGAUAUAUAUAUAUAUAUAUAUAUAUAUAUAUAUAUAUAUAUAUAUAUAUAAUUCAUGUGUGUGCGUGUAUGUAGAUAUGUGUAUGUGUGUGUGUGUGUAUACACACGCACGCACGCACGCACACACUCAUGAACACGAGUACAACGUGUCGCGUUGGUGUUGGGUAUAGAUGACGAAGCGCACGAGAUCACAAUCAAAGAUCAUGCUAUGCAAAUUAAGUGGCUUAGGAACUCCGAUUGUCUUCCAACGUUAGAGAAAAUAAGUUUGUGUUUGUGUGUCAGUGUGAGUGUACAAUCUCGUGAUAUUACGAAGUAACCUAACAAAAUGGAAGAUAGAUAGAAAGAGAGAGAGUGAGAGUGAGGGGGGGUGGGUGGGUGGGAGGAAGGGAGAGAGAGAGCGAAUGGUGAGAGCAAGAAGCGAGCAAUAGGAAGAUAAUGAGAGAAAGUGAUGCGUUCGUGAUCGCACUGUGUGUGUGUGUGUGUGUAUGUAUGCGCGUGUGCGUGUGCAUGUGUGAGCGUAUACAUGUGAACGAAAGAACGUGCUCAUUUAACGAUAAGUUAUACGAAGAUAGAUACUUUUAUAGACGAGAAUUCGUCAGGGCUUUCAAUCGUUUUACGCGUUCAAGGCGAAUUUUGUACGAGAGACGCUGUACGCCAACGAAAGGUUGACAACUGAUUUAUAAGUUUCCCGAGAAAAAAGAUUUUUGUCUUUGGAAUGAUGUUCUAUCCCGAGACGAAAGUAUCUCCUAAUGGAAUUUCUUACCAGCAUCAGAGUUACUUUUAUAAUUUUCUUUUUAAUCGAUUUUUAGACAUUUUAUCCAUCUAUAGACGUUCUUGAUUCUUUUUCAUUUUCUAGCUUAUUGGACCGAAGAAGCAUUAUCGGACGUACGUCAUAGCUUGGUUGAAAAUUUUGGUUUUUUCCAUGUUCUUGUUUGUUUUCUUUUACGUUCUCGGUUAAUCGAUCGAUCAAAUGUUCGAAAAGAACAAAGAAAAGUCUAUUUUUACCGACUUUCCAAAGCUAAGACAAUCGAGUAAUUGUAAGAAAUUUUAAUGGCAAAGGAGAGCCAAUUCUUCUUUCCAUGACCGACUGGUACCAAAAGCAAAUCUUGGUAAACCCAUUUCUUUCUCUAACGAACCACGAAAUAAAUUCGCUCUAGCUUUAGCUCGAUAGGAUAAUAUGCUCUCUCUGUUUCUCCCUCUCGUUCAAAGUCUAUACGAUAACAGUUGAUGCUGCAAUUUGUAAUUGCAACAGCUACAUACCAGUUUUCUUUUUUUAUGGGAAAGGACAAUGCGUAUACACAUACCGCGAAGCGGACCCUAUUACUCCUUCCGUUUCCCGUCGUUGGCCCUCUCCUUUUAACAUCGUAGCCUCGACCGCGAUAAAAGCAUAAACAUUAUGGAUGAAAAGAAAAGCAAUCGUAUGACGAAGAGAGCGAACGGAGAAAACAUAUAGGUAGAUCGAGCGAAAGCGACAGUGAGCUUAGGGCAAUGAGGCGACGUAAUUUCGAGAGUGCUUCCGUCUGCCGGCAAAUAAUCACUUUUCGUGUUAAGAUCGUUCAAAGCGUCGUUUCGAGAAAGUGGAACGACGAACCGAGUAACUUGUCGGUGUCUUAUUUUCGUUCGUCUUAUUUUUUUAUUUUCGUUUCUUUUUCAAAUAUCGCCAAUGGAUUUCUUGGCGAAAAAAGCGCGUUGCCUUUAUCAGAAUGUCGAGAGAACAAUGUUGAGCAAUACGAAACAAAAAAGAAAGUGCUAAAUAACGUAGUUUCUGAAAAACGAAAUACAUUUUGUAUAUAUGCACGCCACAUACUUGCGCUGAUAAUUGAAUCUAUAAUCACGUUUGCUUCAAGUAUAAAUUAAUCGAAAUCGUUUUAGUUUAAACUGUUAUGGAUUUGAUUAUUACCGUUAUUAUUAUUAUUAUUAUCAUCAUCAUCAUCAUCAUCAUCAUCAUCAUCAUCAUUAUUAUUAUUAUUAUUAUUAUUAUCAUCGUCAUCAUCAUUAUCAUCACCAUCGUCAUCAUCACAAGCAUCAUUGUACUAAUAUUAUUUUUAUUAUUAAUUAUUAACUAUUAUUUUAUAUUAUUAUUAUUAUUAUAUUACUAUUAUUAUUAUUAUUGUAGAAUUCGCAACACUAUAAGUCUCAAUACUACAACAAACGGCACGACAUAUUCAUUUAAUAUUGUCAUAUUAUUUAUCUGACUGAUCGUUUCUUUUUCCCUUUAUAUUAUUAUUAUCAUUAUCAUCAUCGUCAUCAUCAUCAUCAUCAUCAUUAUUAUUAGUAAUAUUAAUGUUAAUAUCAUUAUUUUUAUUAUUUUUGUUUUUUCCAUUUUCUUGCAAAACGAUGCAGUCAAUUGCGAGUGCCCAUUAUGCAAUUCGAUUGCUUCGACGAUCGUCGUUCAAAACUCCGAACUAAGGUCAAUUAGUAUCCUGUCUCACCUAACAAAUAUAUAUAUAUAUAUAUUUGCUGCUUUCGCGGCUCUAUAUCCUUUAUAUUAUGGUAUUAUUCUUAUUCUUCUUAUUAUUCUAAUUGCUAUUAUUAUUAUUAUUAUUAUUAUUAUUAUUAUUAUUAUUAUUAUUAUUAUUAUUAUUAUUAUUAGCAACACCAUCAUUAUCAUCAUCUCAAUCGUUACUAUUAUUGCUAUUACUUCUAUUAUUACUACCGCAAUUGCUACUACUACUUCUGCUACUGUCGCUAUUACUCGUUACGUUACUAUCGUCACUUUACUACCGUCAUCACUGCCGCCAGCACUGUCUUCCGACGUGCUAGCGUUAUCCUAGCAUUUUCACAGAUCGUCACAUCUCAUCAACGUUAUCGAUCGUAUCUUCGUUAUUACCGUUGUUUCGCGUUGAAAAAAACGCGAAGCCGUCCCUUAACCCAUUUGUGCUUGGUCCAUCUUUUGUACAUUUAUUAUUUAACGAAUAUUAUUUAAUUCCUUGCCAUAACGUACAUGCAUACUCGCCCGUUUCUCUCGUGCCCGUACGUAACGAUACGCUCGAUUCCUCCAUUUACGCGACUCUCCAUCCACGAGCCCAGAAAGCAGAAAGCUAGAGAUUCCGAAAUCUAGAGUGGCAAAGAAAAUCCUCGUGUUUCUAUAAUUCACCGAUUCAAGGUUUACCGGGCUGUCGAUGUUGCCCGCGCCAUAGGCUGAUGCGUAUCGCGUAUUUGCUUUUGCGAGGAAAGGCAACGUUUCUGUUGGCGCGCGCGCUCUCACCAUCGAUAGCGCGCGAUAAAGUCGAUUAGCGAUGGCGACGAUUAAAAAAUCUGCUGGCUCGGCGCUGUCGCAGGUUGCGGCGCGCCGCUCCGGUUCGCGUCGAGAAAGGAAUAAAAUCGCGGGGAGAAGUACGCGUACGAAGAGGGAAGGAGAAACGGUGGAAAGAGCGCGUUUGCCGGGCACGGAGAGUGAAAGUCGCAGAGAGUUUGUUCGUCGGUCGAUCGAGACAAGAAAAUAAAAAGAUGCGUAGGCAUAUACGGGGGUCGGGCUGCGGCGGCGGGUUAGGUUUGGCGCGCGUUCUCCAAAACAAAGCUAUGGUAUACACCGUGAAACGUUUAAUACGAAUACGUAUACGCGUAUACGUAUACACACUCACGGCCCUAGCGAAACGGGAGGAGGCACGCCGGACUCUCUCGACGAGUUCUCGAGACCUGGCGGCAGCCCGCACGAUUUCACGCACCACGAUGAGACAAGUAACGACUAGCAACGACGGCACGCCUUUCAAAAAAGCGUCUCGCGAUGCUGCGACGGCAUUUCCUUGGUCGCGUUCCGUCGCUCUCGCUAUCUACCAACCUAUCCUGUUACGUCAUCCAUCUAUAUAUGUAUGUAUUAGUAUGUAAUAUACAGGGUAUUUUUAAAUUAUGUCACUGUUUAUCACACAGGGAACGACGUUUAUGUAGAAUCGCAACUUGUUUGUUUUAUCGAUGCGUGCUGCACGCGUAACGCGAUUUAAGAUGCCCGUUUCACCUUUGAUAUAAUUUUCAAAAACCCUGGAUAUAAUAUAUAUAUAUGGAUAUGUCUGUAUCCGAUUGGUACAUUUACAUCGUUUCGCUUGUCCAAGUUGAUCGAUGUUUCCGCUCUUUCUUCCUAGCUCGGAAAACUCGAUUGGUCGGAUCUUUUUACUUCGAAACAGAAAUUACUCGUGUAUCGCCGAUACAAAGACAAAUUUUCUCCUUCUUUUCCCUCUCGUUCUUGGUUUCUCUUUUUUUAAUGUCGCUAUCGUUAGACGAUUACUCGAUGCGUGGCAAUUUCGGGUAACUUCGAAGCUGCGCGUUCUUCGAAAUCGUGGCAGAAUGGAAGGCAAACUAGAUACGGUACUGUCGGAUAUAUCUCUCGAGAGAUCGAAAACAAUCGGUACGAAAUCCGCGACGAGAGAAUCCUACUAGGUAGGAGGGUGUAUUUAAUUUAUUUACAAAUGGAAAAUAGUUUACCGCAGCAGCGUAGACGCAAAGUGGAUUUAUAAUCGUUGUACGUUCGUACUACAAAUUAUAUUUCCCUCGUUCUACUCUCCCAUUUUUCUGUUUUCUCUUUCUUCUCCCCUUUUCUUUUGUUUCUCGAACCAAAGUUCGUGGAACCAAGCGAGUUUUCUGUUAAUUCAUAGGAGAACAACAUGCCGCGAUUUCGAAUAUACAGUGUCGUUUACGUUUCUUGCAUCGAGCACGGUUUAUUUUUAAAUUUCUUUCUAGUUUUCACACGUUUCCCUUUUUUUAUUUUAUACUUACGAGAACGAAAGAGUAGUUGGCGAGAGGAAAGGAGAACGUAAAUUUCAGUUGACUAGUGCAAUUAAUAUAACUGUAUGUAUUUAUUCGAACCAUUUUACAUGGAUAGUUUAUUUUAUAACACACACGAAGGCACGUGUACGUCUCUUAGUUUUUCCUGCUCUUCGAAAUGGCGUGGAUAGGCUUCUGGAACUUUGAACUAUUCCUGGCAAAAAUAUCUUCAUCUUUCUCGGUUCCUCCGAAUCCUAUUGGCGAGCAAACGCUAUGUCCCGAAUUGUACAAAUGAAAACCUUUGUCGAUCGAGACACACAUGCAUACAUCGUAUAUACAUACAUAUAUAGCAUAAGCGACAGGACGAGACUCUGUCGCAGCAGCGAACGACGCAAAUUUCGUACCCUCCUGUUAUAGACUUGACAAUAUAUACAUAUUAAAUAUAAUAUUAAUAAUAAAAUAUAUACUUUACGUUACGUCUCUUUUUUAAUUUAAUAUAUUUAUUUUUUCAAUCAAGUAUUUAUAUAUUUAUACAAUAUUUUAUACAACGUUCUUCACAAGAUACACAAUAUAUAUAUAUAUAUAUACACAUAUAUAUAUAAAUAAAUAAAUAAGUCAAGAAAUAAAUGUGUAGUACACGCGUUACGACAAUGUAAUGUGACAGGUCGAUCUCUUGGCUCUCAGAGGAAACCGAUGAUCACUAACAAGCCCGCAAGAUUCUUUAUGUCUUAUAAUUAUUAUAAUUAUUAUUAUUAUUAUUAUUAUUAUUAUUAUUAUUAUAUUAUAAUAUUCUUACUAUUUCUUUUUUUUUUUUUUUUUUUUUUAUCAUGUAUUUUCUUCCGUUUCUUCGAGACCAAUCUACCAGAAUGUAUUUCUCUCCCCCCUUCUUUUCUUGCCCCGUGGAGAACCGGUUCCUGUCAGGGCCGACUAACCACGGUGUGUUCCCAUCAAAUGGAAAAAAAAGAAGAAAAAAAACGACGAGAGUGUGUAUACUUAAUUUCUCCUUGUGAUACGCGACCGCCGUGCGAUGUCGACCGGCAGCCGUUCGAGAAAACGAUUUGCGCGGCAGAUAUAUAUCAUGUUCGACGAAAGCGAGCGAGCGAGCGAGAGAGAGAAUGAGAAUGUGUGUGUGUGUGUGUGUGAGAGAGAGAGAGAGAGAGAGACAUUUAGCGAUAUGUACUAAGAGAGGUCGAAAUUCGUUUUUGGGAGCCAAUUGAUAGGCUGGCGGAAGUCGUUCGAACUGGACAUGGUAUCUGUCGAAGAGCUCGCACGUAAGGUCAUUGCGAAAUCUCGGUUUGUCCGCGCUGUGUUUCUUUUCUUCCGAUCGUCUUCAAGAUCCAUCUUCCAGCUAACGAUUAGCGGUUCAACGGAGGAUUGCGAUUUUUCACGAGUCUCUCGUUGGGUCGUUCGCCGGAAGGUUCGUCGUCGUUUAACGAGAUUUCGCAGAAACGAUCCAAGGUUACUUUCUGUUUCUGUAUCUUUUUUUUUCUUUUUAUUUCGGGACAAUGUAGGUUACAUAGUGCGUGUGGUACAGUCUCGAACGACUUCAGUCUAAUCCACAAUGGGACCAUAAAGGUGAUAAAUGCGUGUAGAGUUUCAUUAAUUAGAGGAAUGGCGAGAAAGACAGAGAGAGAGUGCCUUAAAACAUAAAAAAGAAAGAUACGAACGCCGUUUGCGAGAGGCGACGUUUGUUCGACCAACGGUGAACGCGAAAUUCCCUUCCAGGAUACUUCUGUUAGCGACGUAGUACGUAAGGACUGUUCGUCGUUUGGCGAAUGCACGAUUGAUUUUUGUUUGUGUCUCCGAUAUUUUUUUUCUUACCGCUUUCACCCGACGCCGAACGAAUCUCGCCCCGCGCAUCGACGAUUCUUCUUCGUUUCAUUUACCGAAAGAACACACAUAUACGCGAGUCUCAUGUACCACGAUUGAAGAAAAUUGUAGUUUGAUAAGUAUUGCCAACAAUACACGUAUCUAUUUAAUACAUUUUAUUAUUACAAAAUAA